CCACAUGAGAGCACUCAUGAGACUAACUUCCAAGUACAUGGGCCACGUAUGUUACAAAAUUUUUUGAAAUCAUAUUUCAAAAUAUUGACUAAACCUACUAGCAUAUCAAGAAAGCAAUCUUCCAAAAGGGUGUGAUUCUGAAAGUGUGGUUGCACCAAAGAAAAGGAAGCGAAGGAACGGAGGGUCUGGGUCUGGAAGUUUCGCUCGAGAGCCAGCGGGAAUUCAGCUUCAAACCCCUCCUUCAAACGUGCCACCUGGGACAGGAUGUAACUUUUACUUGAAAAGUAGUGUCAGGGGUCCCAUGUUCCUUUACUGAGAUUCCAAGCAGCCCUUGCCUCCAGAAUAUGAUGGCGAGUCAAGUUGUAAAACCUGAUACUAGAAAUUGCAAGAGACCAAGAGAGCUGGAGCCUCAAAUGCCAGAUAGUCCACAUCUGUCCUCUCUUGGAAAAUCAGAUUCCUCUUUGUCUGAAAGCUCUGGACUAUUUUAUAAAGAUGAAUCCCUGGAGAAAGAUUUGAAUGACAUGAGCAAAGAAAUUAAUCUAAUGUUGUCUGCAUAUGCAAAGAUCUUAAGUGAGAGAGCAGCAGUAGAUGCAUCUUAUAUUGACGAGAUAGAUGGACUCUUCAAAGAAGCCAAUACUAUUGAAAACUUUCUAAUACAAAAAAGAGAGCUCCUGAGACAGAGAUUUACAGUGAUUGCAAACACACUGCACAGAUAAAAUUUGUACUUAAAAUAAGCUGAGAAUUUAAGCCCAUUAUUGUUGUAUUAAGAGAAUGACAUUUAUGCUCUGACACCUCUCUAGUUAUUAAAGAAACUGUGUACCUUAAACAUAGAAGGGAAAACUGCUUGAAUUUCUUUUCUAGAUUUAAAAGGGGCUUUAUGCUGGACAAUAAUAUGAAGUAUGUACCUUUUUUUUUUGAGGCUUAAAUAUUUGGCAUAUUUCAUAAAAGUGUAAAUUAUUUAAAUUAUAUGUAGGUUCUUUUUUUUUUCCUUAAACCUCCUAGCAUUUCUUAAAUUUCUAAAAGAGGACUCAAUGAGUUAAUUGGGUAAUAUGUAACAAUAUUGCACUUUUUCUUUGCAGUACUCUAAGUAGCAGAUAGGUAGCUAUGGAGAUAGUUUUAAAAUUUUUUUCAUGGUCAACUUCAUAAAAAAAACGAAACCUAAAGAUAAUUUGUCCAGUGUCACAAUAUGUAGUAAGAUAUAGCUAAGCUAUUGCUAUUUAAUGUUACCAUUUGAUUAUUUUCUCUAUUAGUUACAAUAUAUGGCUAAUAAAAAUUCUUGGUUUAAAAUUAUUUUCUUGUGGUAAAAGUGAUAAAAUAAAAACCAGAAAUUACUAAUCAGAA